GAAUGUAGUGGCAGUCGGGGGCUAGCACACUCACUGUGGCUUGCUACUCUUUCAGGUCCAUGCAGUUUUGAUUUUGAAACACCAAUGGUCAUGCUGCCUUAUUCACAUAUUUGGGUGUGCGUUGAAGACAUCUGCUAGAGGAAAGUUCACAGAGGAAAAAAGGCAGACAAGAAGCUCUCUGUGGUUUUUAUUAGCAUCCAGUCUGAUUGCAUUGUGCACUAAGGACUUAUCACUAUGACCUCUGGAUUACAGUACAGUCUACUUUUGUUCCUUUAUUUUACAGGCUUUCAGGAGUCACAGGCAGUUCAGAACUGCCCCAACAAACAGCAGGUCCUGACUGUCAUCAAACAGAUGCAACAGUUCCUAAAGGGUCAAGAAACAAGAUUUGCAGAAGGAAUUCGUAUUAUGAAAGGCAGACUUAAUAAUUUGCAAAACACGGUUAAUAAAGGAGGUCCAGACCCACAGCCAGUCUCUUGUUCUCCACUGGAAGCUCCUGAGAAUGGCAGAAAAUUUGGUUCCAAAUAUCUUGCAGAUCAUGAGGUCCAUUACACAUGUGAUCCUGGAUACCAGCUCAUUGGGACAAGCAGCAGACUGUGUCAGCAGAAUGGGAGCUGGACGGACAAUGCCCCACAUUGCAAAGGUUUUUAUGAUGUGAAGCGUCAAUUUUGA